CGCUCAUCCACACACUCCCCUCCCCAAAACGAAAACACAAAUCUCCCCGACGGCACCGGUAUGGAACAGUGUAAAAUCCCCACUGUCGCCGGCCGCCGUGACGAAGAAGGAGAUCGUAUCUCGGCGUUACCCGACGAGAUCCUCCACGACAUCCUGUCUCAUCUAAAUUCCCAAAAAUUCAUCGGUAAAGCCACCGUCCUCAGCAAAAGAUGGGCCAACCUCUGGUUCUCGUACCCAACCUUGGAAUUCAACGGAAACGAUUUCGGAACCCAGAAAUCCCUAAAAGGUUUCGCCGCUGCAGCCGCCAAGAAGUUGUCUUCCUUCCAACACCAGCUCGCCGCCGUCAGGAUCAACGGCAACGGUUGGAUGGCAAACAACUCAGAUUUCUGCACCACCAUCCUCGACGAUCUGCUCGGAUCCGUCGCCAAGAACCAGCCACAAAAGAUUAAUGUCACAGCAACAUAUUACAGCAUCCCACGCGAGUUUCUACUACCCGCCGGCGGCGCCGGCCAAUUAUGCCGAAUCAAGCAUCUCAGCUUGGAGAAUUGCAACUUUGACCGCUACGUCAACCUUUUCACAGACGACGACGACAGCAGGAGCAACCCUUUUGACUAUCUUCGCGGAUCCCUCAGGACGUUGAGACUCACAGGCAUCAAAUUCCCCGACGGCGGGCGGAUUCUGAAUAGCAUGAUCGCCGGCGCCUCCCUCUUGGAGGAAUUGGAAGUGACGUUUUUUCGAGGGGUUCAGAGGGUUCAGGUUCGGGACCUACCGAACCUGAAACGUUUGAAGCUCUACGCCAUUGACAAGGUGGAUUUCGACAUCGCUUGGCCCCACUGUCCAUCAGAGGAUGGCGCCAUGGCGAUUGUGUUGACGCCAGAUCUGACAAGUGUGGAAAUCAGAUCUGCACGUGCUUGUAUAUAUACGAAUUGGGAUGUUGAAGAUUUGAUAUCGGAGUGCCCACUCAUGGAGUCGUCAAUAACAUCAGCAGCAAGUGAUCCCCCUCCGGUUCAUCACCUGAAGAUCGUCAAUAACGAUAAGUUAAAAGAGGUUACAUUGAGUUCGUGGAACUGUUCGAUUGCUCUCCCUAACACAACUUUCCUUUGGGUCAACAUUCGUUUCUUCCUUACAGUCUUAAGUAAGGACGACAGAUCCUUUGCCUUGGUGAAAACCCACGGCCCACUCUCCCAACUCGAUCUUUAUGAUUUGGGGAAGGUUCUUGAGAAGCUAACACGAUUCUGGUUGACUAUAGAACUCAUACAUGAAUUUCCAAAUUGUCAGGAGGAAGAUGUGGAUCAAUUUCAAGAUGUUCAUUCUCCAAUUGUUGAGCAUGUGAUUGUUUCAGAAAACUUCUUGAGAUCGUGCAAUAAGAAGGAAUUCUUUUUAGGUGCCAUAUUCUGUUGUUGUCGCCCUAAAUUUUUAUCUUGUACUCCGAGGAAAUAUAAAGUGCCCAGAGAAAAUCUGUUGUUAGUUGUUGAGUAUGUACAACAGCUCUUCAUGAAGAGGGAAUUCAAUGAUCGUUGUCGUAUCAAAUGCAAUUGUUGGCGCCAUCAGUUGGAGGAUGUCAAAAUCUUAUGGAGAAGUAUAAAAGGAAGCAUUAAGGAGGACAAAGUUAUGAACAUUACAAAUUUUGCGGUUUCAUCUCUUGGUGAAAAAGAUCAAAUCUGGUUUGUUUUGAUGUGGCGUUGAAUUCUGAUGACUUGUAGCUCUAACUUUUCUAGUUGAAGAUGAUAUUUAUUUGUGAAACGUAUUUGUGUUAUUCUCAUGUUAAAUUUGGUCUACUCGUUAGUGACUUUGGUCUACUCACUACUGGAUUUCUUUUGUUUAGUUCAUGUUGUGCAGCUGUGGUUCUGGGUAUAAAUAAUAUCUCGACUUUUAUUUUGUAGAAUAUUUUGAUGACUUUGGUGCUUUGAAGGGUAGCGGUUAGGGGAAGGAUUAGGGAGGAUGGUGGAAGGAUGAACUGUUCAGUUGGAUACUGAGUAAAUUAGGUUGGUUAAUUCGGUUCUGGAUUCUGUUUGUUUGAGCGUUAAGUUAGCUUCGAAGAGAGUUGACUUGAGUUCUCUUAUAUUAUGUUAGAUGAUGUGACCAAUGGUAUAACACCCCGAUCAUUGGGUUCAGGUUCAACCAAAACCGAAAGAUAUACUCAACUACGUAACACAAAAGCGACCCAAUUCGUAUGAAGGACUACUUUACCUUUCGACGCAAAGGCCAAUCAUGACAGGCCGAACAAGGACCUUAUGAAGUUGUGACUGCAAGCGACUGUUUGAGGGUUGAGAUUUCUUGGAGUGAAAGGCUUAGUAGAGUUAACUUUCUACGAACCACCAUGUAUAAGAAUUUAAAUUCCAAUCGACGCUCAAGUCUCCCUGAUUGCAACCCACCAUACAACUACUUUCAUCGUCUCUCACUUUCUCUACUUCUCUCGAUCUAGGUAAGAAUGACGAAUCCCCAACUCAGCUCAAGCUUCAAGCUAGCUAGAUAGUUAACUGACCAAGGUUGUUCCUAGCUAUGUCGUAGCUUUGACGACAUAGGUACGGGCUUAUCGAACGUCAAUCUAAGCGAGGAACAUAGGCUCUAAUGACUUGAAUCUCAGCCUGGGUACACCUACAACUACAAGGUUUAAGGAAGCCCGAUUCCUCGUAUUAAAAUUGACGUUUAUAC